GCCCCUCCCCAGAGCAGACAGACCACGCCCCUUCCUUCCUUGCUACCAGUCAACAGGAAGCUGCUGUGCAGAGAGGAGAGAGAUCAACCAAUCAGCUCCCUCCAUCUUCAGUCCCACAUCACAUGACGAGGGUGGAGCUGCAGGACACACUGAGGACUACGCUCGUCCUCCGGCUCCUGUCCCAGCUCUCAGCAUCAGUCUGCCCAACUCACCUGUCUCAUACAACCGUCCGAGGACCGUCCCCACACCCGGCAGGACCAACCGUCUCCGUGGUCUUCAUGGUGUCAACACGCGACCACACAAAGACCACACAGAACCUGACACUGCUCCUCCUCCUCCUCCUCCUCCUCCUCCUCCUCCUCCUGCUCGUCGCACUGUAAAACUGAUACGGACCCAACAUCGACAACCGAGACCCCGGCGGCGUCCUGAGCCUGAGGAGCUAGUGGAGCAGAGCCGUGUGGACGAGCUCAGGUCCACGGUCCAGACUGUGGCCGUCAGGAUGGAGAAGACGUCUCACAGCGUGGAGGACAGCGUCCAGGCUCUCAACCUUCUGACAGACGUGCUGGACAAACUGCAGGGACAUGUCACGGCCGGCAGACGCUUGUCACCUCCUCCACGAGUCCCCUCAGUGUCUCCAAAACUUCCCACGCCUGAUCCACGGCACCGUCCCUCAUCAUCAUCAUCAUCAUCUUCUUCUUCUUCUUCGUCUUCUUCUCAAUCCUCCUCGUCUUCAUCCUCAUCUGUCACUUCCUGUGCAGAGGGUUCUCUGGUGGCGGUUAGCGCCCCCCACAGGCCGAGUGGUAGAAACGCACAGAUGAGGCUCAACAACGGGUCGGUUGCUAGGAUUUCUCUGGAUGAAGAGCAGGAAGAUCACGACACGGGCUGUCUGAGGUCCAAGACGAGGAAGACGAGGAAGAUGAGAUCGUAAACUGGCAGUGAGGCCCCGCCUCUCAGAUGAUUGACACAGUGGGCGUGGUUAAGCAGCACCUGUGUGGGCGUGGUCAGAACUUAAUCCAGAGCCAAGAAAAAAACUGUCCAGACAAAUAUUUGUUGAUGUUUGGUUGCAGUUGUGUUGCAGUAACCAUGGAAACCACAGAAUAACAGACAUUCACCAUGUCAUCAUUCACUGCUUCACUGCUUGUUUGUUUGUUUGUUGUUGUUAGUGUCAGUAAUGUUGACCUGCUGUAGGGGGCGCAAUACCACAGGAAUUGUGUGUGUGUGUGUGUGUGUGUGUGUGUGUGAGAUAAUCUGAUCUCAGACCAUCUGACUGAGGGAUUACUGGUGACAUCACAGUUGAGGGACCAAUCACAGAGCAGCUGUCAGGAUCAGUCCACUUAAAUCUUCUGCCGACGAUGAAGAUGAUGAAGCUCAGUGUGUGUGAGUGUGUGUGUGUGUGUGUGUUUCACACUCACUCUUCUGUUUGAGUUUCAGGUGAAAAGUUUUAAUUUUAACUCAUCGAACUGGGAUUAACCAGAAAUUACAGAGAGAAGAAGAAGAGACACACACAGACGUUACCAUGCCAACUGUCAAGAGCAAGAAGAAGAAGACGAAGAAGGAGACGAACGACGUGGAGGAGCAGGGAGAAGUGCGUGUGGAGAUGGAGGUGAAGGAGGUGAAGGAGGGAAAUAUCCCGAGUGGCUCUGACAGCAGAGAUCAUGUGACUCCAGAGCCGCAGGACUCAGUUCCACAGAAGAGGAAGAAAAAGAAGAGGGCGCCCACUGCUGACCAGGAAGUGGAACACGCUGACGUUUCUAACGGCGACACGGCCGAGUGUGUGUUGGACGGAGAGGACAAGACUGUGGCUGUGACAAGGAGGACAAAGAGGAAGAGGAAGGCGAAGGUGACAGAGCAACAACAUAGCCACGACCUUGGAGCUGAAGAUGAUGACAUCAUCAAUGACGCUCAGUCGCCCCUCCCCCAACAGUCCAUGUUCUCCGCCCCCCACAGACACAGUCAGCCACUCAGGAAAGUCUUCAUGGAGAGAAACCGUCGUCUCCAGGCAGAGCAGCUGAUGGACGACUACAUGGACCAGAGACAGUUCUGGACCACGAGAGACAUCUCUGUGAGGGUCCACAGUGGCUUCAGGGUCCUGGGUCUCUUCUGUCAUGGCUUCCUCUCAGGGUUCGCAGUGUGGAACAUCACAGUCAUGUAUGUGUUAGCUGGUGAGGACAUGACCACGCCCACUAACCUGCUGCAGCAGUAUCACACACUGGCUUAUCCUGCUCAGUCACUGCUCUACCUGCUGCUCACCAUCAGCACUGUGUCAGCGUUUGACAGAGUUAAUUUGGCCAAAGCUUCCAUGGUUCUGAGAGGAUUCUUCACCCUGGAUCCUGCUGCUGUUACCUCCUUCUUGUACUUCAUCGCUCUGAUUCUGUCGCUCAGUCAACAAAUGACCAGUGAUCGUAUCAACCUUUAUUCUCCAGCCAAUCACAGCCUGUGGCCUUCAGGUUCAGAGCAGCAGAUCCUGAGGCCGUGGAUCGUGGUGAACCUGGUGGUGGCGCUGUUAGUGGGCGUGGCCUGGGCUGUGAUCUCCACCAGACCUGACGUGGACCACACUGAAGAGUUUCUGAUGUUGAUGGAAGUGGAGGGAAACUCGAGAGGAGACGAGAGUGUGGACGUCACCGCCUGAGACAAACAUGUCACCUUCAUUAUUAGUUUUAUUUAUUGUAUCUGUGUUUUUUUACACUUAGUUUUUUCUUGACUUAAUUUUGUAAAAAAAAAAAAAAGGUGAAGCUCAUGGUGUUUGGUGUAAUUACAUCGUUUCACCACAGGAUGGCGCAGGUGUUAGCAUCAUUUUAUUAAGAGCACUCACAACACAUCAUUAAAUCCACAUUUAAAAAAGAAAGAUUUAAUAUUUAAUAAACCUUUUUAUUAACAUACAUAAACCUGCAGUUUAUGAAUAUUUCAAUGAGAACAACGACAUUAAACUUUAUUAUUAACUCUGAUCGUAUUCUGUACUUGUUCGACUGUAACAGGAUUAUCUAUUUCUUUAAACGUAUCUUUUAGAUUCUUGGUUCAUUUUCUCUGU